GAACAUUCGUGAACGAAUGGAAAAGGAAAAGAAUAAAAGAGUUGAACUAAGACCACUAACAAAAGAAGAAGAAGAACAAAUUGAUUCUUUAUUCAGAUCAGGUAGAGAAGACGAAAAAAUUUCAGAGUUACCAACAGCUGAGGUUAAUAGAGGAGAUGUUCAUUUGUUAAAACCAGGUAGAUGGCUAAAUGAUGAAGUUAUCAAUUUCUAUAUGGAAAUUUUAAAGAUUAGACAAAAAAACAAUCCAAAUCUUCCAAAAUGUCAUUUCUUUGGUACUUUCUUUUAUACUCAACUCUGUAAUGGGCCAGAAAACUAUGAUUUCAGUAAAGUAAAACGUUGGACAAACAAAGUUGAUAUAUUCAGUUUAGAUAAAGUAAUCCUACCAGUUCAUUUAGGUAAUCAUUGGUGCUGUGCUGUAAUUAAUUUCAAAGAUAAACAAUUCCAAUAUUUCGAUAGUCUUUUAGGUGAUAAUAGAGAAUGUUUAAAAAAACUAAGAAGAUAUGUGGCUGAUGAAAUGGUAAAUAGAAGUAAACAAGGCAUUGUAAAUUUAGACGAAUUUAAAGAUUCAAUUCCAAAAGAUAUUCCAAUUCAAAGCAAUGGUUACGAUUGUGGUGUCUUUAUGUGUAAAUAUGCUGAAUUCUCAUCAAGAGGCUCAGAACUAAACUUUACUCAAAAAGACAUUACCCAAUACAGAAGAAGAAUAGCUUUAGAACUUUAUCUAAAAAAAAUUUUAGACUAA